UCGUACCAAUUCGAUAGCAACCAUUUCUGAUUAAAAUGUAUGCGAGUCACGUCGUUGUUUUGUUCGCUUUUAUUAACGUUUCUUUGGCAAUAUAUCCGUAUUUUGACACCCAAGAUUUUAUCUAUAAUGUGCCUAAAGUGUUCAGAAUUUCAAUAACUCUUGACAAGCUGUUGGAUUAUUAUGAAAGAAAACCUUCGAAGGACCCAGAAUGGUACAUAGCUUUAGGGUUAGCGAGAGGUCAAAUGGAAUACACCGUUAAUGAAUUGGACAAGUCAGUACCCGAAAAAUUGAGAGAAAAUCUGAAAAAUAUAACCAGAAGAAUGGACCGCAUCCACAACAAGACUGAUAUCACAAAACUUGUCUAUCGCAGUAAGGACUACGAGUACGUGGCAAAAGCAAUGUUCGAGAAUAUGGACGUGUUGUCCAGUUUCAUGGAGCCCAUCACAAUAGGCACCAUGGGCACCCAAAAGCCGUACCGUUUCACCUUCGAGCAGUACGUGCAGGAAGCCCGGACCAAGAUGCCCAGCAGGAAAGCUUCUGAUGCAUGCACUAUGCAAAUGCUGAUCUCGGCUAUGGAGACACAGACGACGCAAUCGGAGGGCGAGUGCGAACUGACUCCGGAGUGCCGCAUGCAGGUGCUGCAGGGCUCCGGGCUCGCCUUCCAGCAGACCAGCCGCGUACGCACAGCUGUCUUAGCCAAACUAUUCGAUUGCAUGGAAGGCGUCGAUCUUUCGGCACAAAUAUAUAAAUUAUGCAUCCAAAUUUAUAAAGAAACAAAAUCAUUGGAGGCUUGGGAUCAUCCCGCCGGUACUAGAACUUUAUUUAUGCAACAAAUCUGGUAUUGCGCUGCCCAAGGCUACGGAGAGUUCAUAAAGCCUCGUUGGAUGAACAAAAUCAUGUCAUGGCAAGAGCCUAAGGGUUGUUAUGCAGAUGAUCGACAACCGUUCUUAAAACUGACCGGUUAUGUAGGUGCAAGUUCUGCAACGACCAAAAAGGACCAAGAGGAGGAAUACCGAAUCAAGAAAGCUGCCGAGUCGGAAGGCGGGUCGUGCAACUCGCUCACGUCAGCGAUGGCCCUCGGAUCCCUGGUGGUCUAUGUGCGAGCGUUGCUCGAGACUAAUCAAGCUUUCCAAUAUGACGUUCUAGUUUAGAUUUUAAUUCAAUUUUUUUGGUACUUGUAUUGGAAGUGAUUUUAAAUAAUAGUAAACAAAAUAAAAUAAAAUUCAUUAUCUUAAUAAAAUUUUUGGCA